CAGGUUAGAAGAGUGAUGACCAUCCUGUUCCUUACUAUGGUUAUUUCAUACUUCAGUUGCAUGAGAGCUGCGCCCAUGAGAGAGGGCCCGGGGGUGCAGGGGGGCCAUCGGGCUGAGGGUUACCUGGGUGCUGCUGCUGCCGCCGCCGCCGUCGCUGCUUCGGCCGGCCGUGGCCACGGGACUCCACAGAGUGGGGGGGGGCUGACCUCACUCACGGAUACUUUCGAGCAGGUCAUAGAGGAGCUGCUGGACGUGGAAGGGGAGGAUACGCAGCACCUCGGGCCAGGGGCUGAUCAGGGCCAGGGAGGGGGGGGCCCCGGGGCCGCCGCCGCCGCCGCCGCUGCAGCCGCAGUCGCCGCGGAAACAAAGGACGUCGACUUGUACGCAUCGCGGGUGAUGAUCAGCAACCAAGUGCCUUUGGAGCCACCAUUGCUCUUUCUAUUGGAGGAAUACAAAAACUACCUGGACGCCGCCAACAUGUCGAUGCGUGUGCGGCGGCACUCUGACCCCGCACGGCGCGGGGAGCUCAGCGUGUGUGACAGUAUUAGCCAGUGGGUGACGGCCGUGGACAAAAAGACGGCCAUAGACAUGUCCGGCCAGACCGUCACCGUUCUAGAGAAGGUUCCGGUACCUAACGGUCAGCUGAAGCAAUACUUUUACGAGACCAAAUGCAACCCAAUGGGGUAUACAAAGGAGGGCUGCCGGGGAAUAGACAAGCGGCACUAUAACUCACAAUGCCGGACAACCCAGUCGUAUGUUCGGGCGCUCACCAUGGAUAGCAAAAGGAAGAUCGGCUGGCGGUUUAUAAGGAUAGACACUUCCUGUGUAUGCACAUUGACCAUUAAGAGGGGAAGAUAG